CCACUUAUAGGAAUAUUGUAUGUUUUCGUUAUGAUAGUUCAUUACCAAAGUGUAGAGGACCGGAUUCAGCAUGCCUUCAAAAGAUUAAAAAAUCUUAAAAAUGAAAAUGCGAAAUUCCAGGAAUUCAUCUUAAGUUUCAGAACAACCAGCCAUGCAGCUACGUCAAACAUCAGCAUCGAUACAGAAGCGUCAUUUCUUAGAGAAAAACUUGACAGUAUAUUAAAUAAGAUCAACAAAUUGAAGAAUAAUCAGAAAGAUCAUUUUACUGGUCAACGAAAAGUGUCUGAUCACAUGCGAGCAGACGCUUUAAAUGGCCCAUCAUUUGAGCACGAGGACACCAGACGAGAUAUAAGCUUCGUAUUAGGUGACCUGUGGAUGUAUCUGCAGACAGAGUUGAAUAAAUUAAAAACUAAGUCAAAGAACGAAAAGUUUGCAAAUGCAGUCGACAUUGUUCUACAUAAUAGCUAUGGUUACAACAUAAAGUUGAAGAAUGACUUAUUGAAAUUUGGAAACACAGCUGACAAUGUUGAAGCUUGGCGUACCUUUCAAUCACGGAUGCUCGGAAUUCUCGUGCAGAAACGAUUAUUAUUUCUGCAGCAUCCGAAAGACUGCUCCAAAGCACGGAAACUUGUCUGUAAGAUGGAUAAGAUAUGUGGGUUUGGAUGCCAAUUGAAUCAUUUGACAUACUGCCUAAUUAUGGCUUAUGGUACACAGCGAACACUUAUCUUAGAUUCCAAGAACUGGCACUAUGCGCCAGAAGAAGGCUGGGAGUCAGUGUUUUUGCCGCUCAGUAAUAACUGCACCACAACAAAUCAGCGCCCAUUACCCUGGCAUGGUCAUCCGGACACUAGAAGUGUUAUAAAGCUACCAUUUAUAGACCGCCUCUCCCCGCGUCCUGAUUUCCUUCCAUUCGCACUUCCGGAAGACCUUGCCGGCAGUAUUGAGCGUUUCCAUGGCGAACCGGCCGCAUGGUGGAUAGGCCAGUUUGUACAAUACCUGAUGAGACCUAACCAGAAACUUAACAAGUACCUAGAAGAGCGGAAACGAGCUUUGGGGUUCUCAAAGCCAAUUGUCGGAGUUCAAAUAAGGAGAACAGACAAGAUAUCGAGACACGAGGCGGAGUUCCAUGACCUUGACGAGUACAUGAAACACGUGCAAGAGUGGUAUGACGUUUACGAGAGAAGUCAGCCGAAUGUACAACGUAAAAUAUUCCUUGCUACGGACGAUCCUACGAUACUAUCCGAAGCUAUCCGAAAAUAUCCAAAAUACAAGUUUAUAAGUGAUAAUGAUAUAUCCAUGUCUGCUCGAGUAAAUAACAGAUAUACUAACACGUCAUUGCACGGGAUAUUGCUUGAUAUACAGUUGCUAUCAAUGUGCAACUAUUUGGUCUGUACCUUCUCCUCACAGGUAUGCAGAUCCGCCUACGAAAGAAUGCAGCCUCGUUAUGGCGACGCUUCCGGUUGGUUUCGCUCUCUUAACGAUUCGUACCAUUUUUUCGGGCAAAAUCCACAUCAUUGGAAAGCUGUUAUAAAACAUACGAGAAGAAAUUAUAAUGAAAUAUCAUUUGAAAUCGGAGAUAUGAUAAAAAUCGCAGGUAAUCACUGGAAUGGUUAUUCAAAGGGAAUCAAUGUUAUAACUAAUAAAGAAGGACUUUUUCCAACAUAUAAAGUCAAAAGUGUUGUUGAGCGUGCAACCAUGCCGACUUACCCGGAAGUUUAAUUAUGGUGAAUGUAGGAUUAGUACAUACUAUAGUGGUAUUUUAAAAGACUAUGAUAUUGUGAAAAUAUGCGGCAACUGAUAAUGGGGUAAUACCGAACUGUGUGAGAUGAGUACAGUACGUAGUGUUUCGUAAAACAAGUAAAAUGAGGAGAUGCAAAACUAUCCGAACAACUUGCCCUUAUUAAACUGUAGCAACUUAAAUAAUGAUCUUUUUAUAAACAGUUAGUUUCAAGUCCAUUAUGUCAAUGCAACGCAGACAUCGAAAAUGUGGAGCACUAUUUUUGCCGAUGUAAAUUAUACAAUAUGCAAAGACGUAUACUUUUUUAAAUACCAGGCCAUUUCAUCCUCUCAGUAGUAAGAAAUUAUUACACGGUAUUGAUGGACUUGCAGAAGCAGACAAUAUAAGACUUUUUCAAGAAGUGCACAAUUUUAUCAAAAGUAUAGAAGAAGACUUACUUAAGAAUGCUUGUACAUAAACUAUAUUUAUUUUCAUAUUUAGAUUUAUCACACACCCGUGCCGAUUUUGCGACUCCGUAAAUAUGGUAUUGCACGGUCGUGCAUAUAUUUUGACGUAACGUCAUUAGCGUUAUGCAAACAUAGUGUAAAGACGCGCUAAAUGUUAGCGUUCUACUUUAGGCGCGUCAACGGAAAAUAACUCUUAUUUCACUUUAAACGGUCUUUAUUUUGGGUAUGUGAUAAAUAGAAUAUUAAAUUCGUGUAAGUUUAUUACUGAAUUUAUUGCACUCGUUGAAUAAAAUAAUAUUAUGCUCGCCAGAGGCUCGCAUAAUAUAAUUUUAUUCAACUCGUGCAAUAAAUUCAGUAUUGAACUUACACUCAUUCAAUAUCCUCUAUUUAUUGAAUAGCAGGUCAAGGUUCGUUCGUCUGUUCUGAUGGCAAAUUGUUAAUGGCAUAUGAAUAAAUAUUCUCAUUAAUUAAAUUAUUUUGUAACGUAAUUUUCUUCUUUUUUUCAGAUGAAGCGAUUUUUUUUUACCAUGUAGAAAUGUAUAAAAUUUAUAUCGCUUACUACAUAUAUAUCCUAGAAUUUCUAAAAUCCUCACUUACUAACUAUAUUACCAUUAAUUAACAGGGAAGGACCCUAGAUAAUGUUGGUAUAACUUUUGUUCAAACCUUUUUGUAUGUACAUUGUAUUUAUGCUUAAGAUAAUGAUGUUAGAUCGUGUAAGUUUAUCAUAUGCAAAAUAUACAAUGAAUUUUUAUUCAAUUAA